AUGGCACCCCCCGAUAAAGUAUCAGCUGAGCAAAAGACCUUCUUGUUCAGUCUAAUGAACGCGUACCUUGAGGCACAAAAGAUAGGAAGGUUAGACAAGUUUUGGCUCGAGAUGCAAGGAGCAUGGUUCCACAAGUGGGCUGAAGAAGAAGACACUACAAUCACAGACAAGGAGGAAAGGGCAACCGCUCAUGCUGAGGCCAUUGCGGCCCGUAUCAAAUACCUCAGGUGCUGGUACCCUAACCACUCUGGGAAAAAAAACCGUGCAAACCCGUAUGGUCGACUUAUCGCUCAAGCCGUGAAGAAAGCCCGCCCAACACGUCGACCACAACUUGUUCAGCUGUACACCAAGCUUUACUAUGCUCAGCGCAUUGCUCCUCUUGUCCAAGCCGAAAUGCGACGGCUCACAAUUCUUAAAGGCAAGAAGCCUUCUCGUGGUGUCUUCCUACGCUUGUUACGCAUAUACUCUACCGCGAGAUGGAAGCUAGAAAAGGACAAUAUCAAAGACAAGGUUAUAGCUGAGUACGAUAGGCGGCAGAAGGAGAAAGAUGAAGCAGCUGAACCAGGAACCCCUAGCGCGUAUGCUGCUGCCAUUGAGGACAUCUCAAUUCACUUCGACGCCUUCAGCGAUCUCCUUAGCUCAAUGACAGGAUGGAGUUUCACGCUCCUCGCAGGUGGGCCGGAUCCCAAUAAUCGAGGGCAGAUUAGGACGUUCUUUGUGCAUUCCGGGAAGAACCAUGCAGGCAUGCACUUCGGAAAGGCUAUGCCUAACUUUCUCCAGCAAAUUGUGUCCCCUUAUGCCGUGUUUCUUCGUUCAGUGUACACUCCUUCGGAAUGUGCUGCACGCUCUCUACUCCCUAUCCAAAUCAAUCCCGAGGAAAACCGAUCCGGACCCCCCGACUUAUCCCUUCACGUUGAUGUGCCUGUAUCUGAAUCAAUCCCUGCUGUUCUACAAGAUGCGGCGACCAACCCCCUAGUGCAAGUUGCGGCAUCUACUCUACCAACUGGGGUGGCAACCCCUGAUGUUUCGUGUGGUGCUGCUACUCCUAUCAUGGUGUCACUUCCUCACCCCACAUCAGACUUUGAUUACGACUUUUCGUUUGAAGAACUCAACCUUCUCGGGCCAGGUGACUUGUCCUUCGAGCAGCUCGAUGGAGCUUUGGAAAAGAUCUCUCCCCCUGGGGGUUACCUGUCGCUAGUUGACGAACUCGCUGCCCCCCUUCCUGAGGAUAUCUUACGCCAGCUUACAGAACUCGUCGGACCGGACUGUCAUCCAACCCACACGGCUAGUGACACCCCAAUCGCGGACGCAAAUGCCCUGAGCAAUAUCCUCGCUCACGACCAUUUGGCGGCAGAUGCACAACUACCCACUGGUCCCCAAGAGCCCCCCGUUGCCAGCUUGCCAAUGCCACCUAUGUCUCCCCCGCCAACGCCGCCUACCACUGAUGGACCUAUCGCGCCUUCAGAGCCCCAAGAGCUAACACCGCCUGAGUCCCACGCACCAGUUACGCCGCCUGUUGCCGAUGGGCCUGCAGAUGCUGCUGUCUUCUGGCUCCGGGUCGCAGGCAACUCCACCCACUCCUCAAGUCCUGAGCAAGUCAGCUUCUGGAAAUGGGACCCGUAA